CUUUGUUUAUUGGCCUGAUGUUGCCAUUGUGUCUGUUUGAGUUUAGCAAAGUUGUUGCUUUGGAUGGGUCUAUUUAUAGUCAGAAAAAAACAGCUGGUCUCACAGAGGCUGGCAACGCUGCUGGCGUUUUUGUUGGGCUUUCAUCUUUAAAAUGUAGCCUUCAGGGUACUGCUUAUUUACCUGCCUUCUCAAUGUAUGGGGACUACAUCAUUGGAGGUGUUUUCUCCAUCCAUGCCAACAUGCACAUGGUAGAUAAUAACUAUACAACAGCUCCUGAGCCUCUAAGGUGCUCAGGGAGAAUAGAUCCACGUGAACUACGCUUUGCUCGUGCAAUGAUCUUUGCCAUUGAGGAAAUAAAUAAUAACACGGAGCUGCUGCCAGGUGUCAAACUGGGAUAUCAGAUCCAUGACUCUUGCGCCUCUGUGCCUGUCACUGUGCAUGUGGCAUUUCAGCUGUCAAAUGGCCAUGACCCUGUGUUUUACACAGACAAUGACUGUUCUCAGUCUGGUGCGGUGAUGGCUGUUAUUGGUGAAUCUGGAUCCACUCCAUCUAUUAGCAUGUCUCGCAUUAUUGGGUCCUUCAAUAUUCCACAGGUGAGCCACUAUGCCACUUGUGCCUGUCUGUCAAAUAAGAAGCAGUAUCCAACUUUUUUCAGAACAAUUCCCAGUGACCAGUACCAAGCUGAUGCGCUGGCCAAGCUAGUGAAACACUUUGGUUGGACUUGGAUAGGUGCCAUCCGGUCAGACUCAGAUUAUGGAAAUAACGGCAUGGCAUCUUUUCUUGAGGCGGCAUUCAGAGCUGGAAUAUGUGUGGAGUACUCUGAAUCUUUCUAUCGGACAAACCCACGCAGCAAAAUCCAAAGAGUUGCUGAUGUUAUCCGGAGGUCAACAUCAACAGUAGUUGUGGCAUUUGCAGCUCCAGGGGACAUGAAGUUUCUUUUAGAGGAGCUGGCUGAAGACCCUCCUCCACCUCGCCAGUGGAUUGGAAGUGAGGCCUGGGUUACCGACCCACACUUGAUGAGCUUCCGUUUCUGUGCAGGGGCCAUCGGAGUUGCUAUUCAACAAUCUGUCAUUCCUGGUCUCAGAGACUUCCUUCUGAAUCUUUCUCCAUCACAAGUAACUGCGUCCUCGGUGCUGACUGAGUUCUGGGAGGAUGCAUUCAACUGCAAGCUGAAAAAUACUGAUCUAGACAUGAGAGUGUGUGAUGGAACUGAAGACAUUAAAAAACUCUCAAACCCAUACACUGAAACAUCUCAGUUAAGAAUAACUAACAUGGUGUACAAGGCUGUUUAUGCAAUAGCACAUGCCAUUAAUAAUGUGGUUUGCCGGGAAGCAAAUGAAACCAUCAUGUGUGAUAAGCACAUCAAACUGGAGUCAAGUCAGGUUUUUUCAAGGCUAAAGAAAGUAAAUUUUUCCAGAAAUGGCUACCAUGUGUCAUUUGAUGUUCAUGGUGAUCCUGUGGCUUUUUAUGAACUGGUCAACUGGCAGAAGACUGACAACGGAGUUACUGAAUUGGUUAAAGUGGGUUACUAUGAUGGAUCACUGCCAAUGGGCCGGCAGUUCCGUAUUAAUCAGAACCUAACUUGGUUGGAUGGUAGCAAUCAAGUACCAGUUUCAUCAUGCUCAAAGAGUUGUCCUUCAGGGACUCGUAAAGUGUUGCAGAAAGGAAAACCCAUCUGCUGCUAUGAUUGCAUACCAUGUCCUGAAGGGGAAAUUAGCAAUAUGACAGAGAGUUCUGGCCAAAUGCAGAAAAAGAUGCUUGUUCCCCCAAACCUGUGGAGUUUCUUUCUUUUGACGAAAUCCUGUCAAUUAUCCUGGCUACGUUCUCUGUCAACAGCAACAGUUGUUGUGGCAUUUGCAGCUAUUGGAGAAAUGAAAAUCCUAUUGGAAGAGCUGGCUCGUAAUCCUUCUCCACCUCGUCAGUGGAUUGGAAGCGAGGCCUGGUUUACUGACACAGACAUGUUACGUUUCACGUUCUGUGCAGGGGCUAUCGGAGUUGCUAUUCAGCAAUCCGUCAUCCCUGGCUUUAGAAAUUUCCUUCUGAAUCUCUCUCCUUCUGAAGUAGAUGCUUCCUUUGUGCUAACUGAGUUCUGGGAGGAUGCAUUCAACUGCACCCUAAGAAAAGGUGGCACACUAAAGAAAAUGUGUAGUGGAAAUGAGGACAUGAAGACACUCGAUAGCCCGUACACGGAAACGUCUCAGUUAAGAAUUACUAACAUGGUGUACAAGGCUGUUUAUGCAACAGCACAUGCUAUUCAAAGUGCUAUUAACAAAACUAUCAGGCUGGAUUCAGAUGAGAUUUUUAAUGAGCUCAGAAAAGUAAACUUUACCCAAAAUGGCUAUCAUGUGUCAUUUGAUGCUAAUGGAGAUCCAGUGGCUUUUUAUGAACUGGUUAACUGGCAAAAGAAUGAGAGAGGAGUUAUUGAGCCAGUAACAGUGGGGUACUAUGAUGCAUCACUGCCAGAAGGCCAGAGGUUCCGUAUCAACAGAAACAUAACUUGGGUGGAAGGUGUCUUAGAAGUACCAGUUUCAGUGUGCUCAGAGAGUUGUCCACCAGGGACUCGCAAAGUGUUACAGAAAGGAAAACCAAUCUGCUGCUAUGAUUGUAUACCAUGUCCUGAAGGAGAGAUCAGUAAUAUGACAGAUUCUCCUGAUUGCAUCCCAUGCCCCAGAGAGUUUUGGCCAAAUGCAGAAAAAGAUUCCUGUUUCCCAAAACCUGUGGAGUUUUUGUCCUUUGAUGAAGUGCUAGGAAACAUUCUUGAAGUAUUCUCUGUUAGUGGGGCCUGUCUGGCUAUCAUCACAGCAGUGGUUUUCUUCUAUCACAGGACAACUCCAAUUGUCAGAGCCAACAACUCUGAACUGAGCUUCCUGCUGCUUUUCUCUCUGACUCUGUGUUUCUUAUGUUCGUUGACUUUCAUCGGAGCACCCUCUGAGUGGUCCUGCAUGCUGCGGCACACAGCAUUUGGCAUCACCUUUGUACUCUGCAUCUCCUGUGUUCUUGGUAAAACUAUAGUUGUUUUAAUGGCCUUUAAAGCUACUCUUCCAGGUAGUAAUGCCAUGAAAUGGUUUGGUCCUCCACAGCAAAGACUGACUGUUGUGUGUUUUACAUUUAUUCAGGUUGUAAUAUGUGUUAUUUGGUUGGUUGUUAGUCCUCCUUUUCCAGUGAAAAAUCUAACCACUUUCAAGGAGAAGAUCAUCCUGGAAUGUGCAUUAGGCUCUGCUGUUGGCUUCUGGGCUGUGCUCGGCUACAUUGGCCUACUGGCUGUUUUUUGCUUUGCGUUAGCUGUUCUAGCUCGGAAACUACCUGAUAAUUUUAAUGAAGCCAAGAUGAUAACCUUCAGUAUGUUGAUAUUUUGUGCAGUCUGGAUCACCUUCAUACCUGCUUAUAUCAGUUCCCCUGGAAAAUUUACUGUGGCAGUGGAAAUAUUUGCCAUUCUGGCUUCCAGUUUUGGACUGAUACUGUGCAUAUUUGCUCCAAAGUGUUACAUCAUCCUGCUCAAGCCAGAGAAAAACACAAAGAAAUAUUUAAUGAACAAAAACUAAUUACUCUAUUUUAUCUUACACAACAUUAAAACAACAAUAUUUUAGCCAUGGUGUCUUUGUCACUGU